AUGUCUAGAGACCCAUCCGGCUACUACAAAGUGCUAGGCGUAUCACCAGACGCUAGCGACGCCACCAUUAAGAAGCAAUAUAGAUCUCUAGCCCUAAAGUGGCAUCCAGAUAAAAACCAAAACAACAAGGAAAAGGCAACUGAAAUGUUCAAAAAGAUAUCACAGGCCUACGAAGUCCUGUCUGAUCGUGAAAAAAGACAAAGAUACGACAUGUAUGGAGACGAUGGAUAUGGAACUGAGGGAUUCGGGCACUCAGGACACUCUGGAUUCCAUGGAAACUUUGACUUUAGCGAUGCACAACGAAUAUUCCAAAUGGUCUUUGGAGGAAGAUCGCCUUUUGGGGACAUGGAUAUGUUCUUUGAUGAUGAUUUUGGAAGUGCUAUGUAUGGAGGUACUUUUGGAGGAAGAAGAAAGAAAAACGACUUCUUUGGGAGCUUUGGGUCGUUUCCAAUGUUUGAUGGGUUUGGUGAUGGGUUCAGUAGCUCGUUCGUAUCGCAGUCAUUUUCCAGUGGAUCAGGGAACAGGGGCACAAUGACCUCCACAUCAACAACUACAACAAUUGUAAACAACAAAAAAGUUACAAGAACAGAAAGGGUAACCACAAAUCCAGACGGAACCGUAACCAGGCAUGUAACAGAACGAGAAGAAGAUGGCAGAGGAAAUGUCAAAACUAGAGAAUUUACAGACGACACACAACAGAGACUAGAGUCACAUAGUAGACGCUAA